UCAAGGCCAAACUCACACCAUACACUUCCCUUCACUUCACUUCACCACAAGAACAACAAGAAGAAGGAGAACAUCAAAAGGGUGUUUGAGUUUUGAUUUGUUUGUUGUGUUGGUGUGGUUUUUGUGUAAGGAUCUAUGGCUGGAAGUGGAGCUUUUGGUGACAUUAUUGAUGGAGAAGUGUUCAAAUACUAUGCUGAUGGAGAAUGGAAGAAAUCCUCUUCUGGGAAAAGUGUUGCCAUUAUCAAUCCAACCACUAGAAAAACUCAGUACAAAGUUCAAGCUUGUACACAGGAGGAGGUUAACAAAGCUAUGGAAGCUGCAAAAACUGCGCAGAAAUCGUGGGCGAAAACGCCACUUUGGAGGAGAGCUGAGCUGCUUCACAAGGCUGCUGCUAUUCUCAAGGAGCAUAAAGCACCAAUUGCUGAGUGCCUGGUGAAAGAAAUCGCAAAACCAGCCAAGGAUGCUGUCACUGAGGUUGUGAGGUCAGGAGAUUUGGUUUCUUACUGUGCUGAAGAGGGGGUCAGAAUUUUGGGAGAGGGGAAGUUCUUGGUUUCGGAUAGUUUUCCGGGGAAUGACAGGACUAAGUACUGCCUCACUUCCAAGAUUCCACUUGGGGUGAUAUUAGCCAUCCCACCAUUCAACUAUCCGGUCAACCUCGCUGUCUCGAAAAUUGCACCUGCACUGAUAGCUGGGAACUCCCUUGUGCUCAAGCCUCCUACUCAGGGUGCUGUUGCUGCCCUUCACAUGGUGCAUUGCUUUCACUUGGCUGGCUUUCCCAAAGGCCUUAUUAGCUGUGUCACUGGGAAAGGCUCUGAGAUUGGUGACUUCCUCACUAUGCAUCCUGCAGUCAACUGCAUAAGUUUCACCGGUGGAGACACUGGAAUUUCUAUCUCAAAGAAGGCAGGAAUGAUCCCUCUGCAGAUGGAGUUAGGAGGAAAAGAUGCCUGCAUUGUGCUGGAGGAUGCUGAUCUUGAUUUGGUCGCGGCGAACAUAAUAAAAGGAGGAUUUUCCUACAGUGGCCAAAGAUGCACUGCAGUUAAGGUAGUAUUGGUGAUGGAAUCUGUAGCUGAUGCCCUGGUUGAGAAGGUGAAGGCUAAAGUGGCUAAACUGACAGUUGGACCCCCAGAAAACAACUGUGAUAUUACCCCAGUUGUGUCGGAAUCGUCUGCGAAUUACAUCGAAGGCCUUGUUUUGGAUGCCAAACAAAAGGGAGCAACAUUUUGCCAGGAGUACAAGAGGGAAGGCAACCUCAUUUGGCCCUUGUUGCUGGACAAUGUCAGGCCAGAUAUGAGGAUUGCCUGGGAGGAACCUUUCGGUCCAGUCCUGCCGGUUAUCAGAAUCAGUUCUGUCGAAGAAGGCAUCAACCAUUGCAAUGCCAGCAAUUUCGGACUGCAGGGCUGUGUGUUCACAAAGGACAUCAACAAGGCAAUGCUCAUAAGUGAUGCAAUGGAGACAGGAACAGUUCAGAUAAACUCUGCGCCGGCUCGUGGACCGGAUCAUUUCCCUUUCCAGGGAUUCAAGGACAGUGGAAUUGGAUCACAGGGAGUCACCAACAGCAUUAACAUGAUGACUAAGGUGAAGUCCACAGUGAUCAAUUUGCCUAGCCCUACUUAUACCAUGGGCUAAAUUAUUUAGCUAGAAUAAAUAUUAUUAUUGAACUGUAGGGAAAUAAUUAGUGAGAUAUGAGACUUUAGAUUUUGCUGAAGACUUUAUUAUAUAUAUUUGAUGUAUUAGAGAAUGAUAAAUAAUGGGGGAUGAGAUGAUAAGUGGACCAAAAAAGCCACAUUGUGUGUUCAAUGUUGUUAAGUGCAACCAAAUAUGCAAGGAAGAGCUGUAAAAAAAAAAUGCUAUUUGAUUA